UCCUAACAGAGGCUCCAAAAGCCGAAUAGUGUAUAGAGUUUUUAUUUUCGAAUGUUUUAGCCUCCAAUUUUAUUUUGUUAAAGAGUUUACAUAACAUUUUCGUAGAAAUAGGAGUUUGUUUGAAAAAGAAGAGGCGUUUUAUAGAGAAUGGCACCACGUGCCUACAACAUGAAGGUGGCGUGCAUUGCGCUGCUUUGUUGCGCCGCUCUUGUUGAAUCAAGAGCUGCAAGACGGAAACGACAAAUUGACUCAAACCUAGUCGGACAGAACGGAGGCUCAAGCACCAAUCUUUGUCAACCUUUACCAGCACCCGGUCACGGUACCAUAGCUUGCGGAGCCGGCUUCCCAUUCUAUUCCUGCACAGCGUCAUGCGAUGCCGGAUACCAGUUCCCAUCUGGAAUGUCGUCAGACAAACGGGAAUGCGAUCAGAUGUUCGGGGAAUGGUUCGAUCCUCCCGGCAAGGACAUCGCCGACUGUGUCCCCGUUUGCAAACCGGACUGUCAAAAUGGUGGGAAAUGUAUUUUACCCAAUACCUGCACCUGUACGGGCGGUUUUAUGGGUAAACAGUGCCAGUACCCUGCGAGUAACUGUGCAGCACCACCACAGCCACAGAACGGCAAGCUAACGUGUCAACAGGAUACUUCCGGUGCCAGAUGUUCUGUCACAUGUAACCAGGGUUUCAAACCUGCAUGGACUAUCUCCCCGUCCUACGAUUGCUCGCCGGAUGGAACAUGGUCUCCACCAAAGUCAGAGAUACCCAGAUGCGUUUCAGAAUCGACAGUCAUAAACAACACACACGUUGCGACAAGCACCAAUCAUCCAAGUACCGGAAGUGCUCGUUGCGUCGCCUGGGGUCAGGAUCACUACAGAACAUUUGACAAUAAGGUGUACCACUACAAAGGCUCGUGCUCGUACGUGCUCGUCAAGGACGCUGUGUCCAACAGAUUCCACAUCCACGUGCAGAAUGACAAACACUGUCAGGCCGGUCACAGGUGCAAGAGAGAGAUGGAAAUAUACAUGGGAAAUGAGGUCAUCACCCUAAAACGUGACGCAAGUGGUCCAAGCAUAAAAUGGAAUGGCGCUGAAAUUUCUAUCCCUAGCAAUAAAGGGGGCGUGAUCUUUGAAAAGGUCAGCCACUACAUCAUUAUCCGAAGCAAUAUCGGGUUCCAGGUCCGCUGGGACGGCUACGAGAUGAUAUUUGUAACUGUAACAGACGAGCUCCGAGGAAAGACGCAAGGUCUUUGCGGUAUCUAUGACGGUGAUCAAACCAAUGAUUUCACCACAGACAGCGGAAGUGUCGUCACAGAGCCGGCUAGCUUCGUCAGUACAUGGAAACGAUCCCUUGCAGGAGAGACAUGCGCAGAUCAACCUCAGACCGGAUGUAGUUCAGCAGAUGCUCAAGUUGUGUCUGCAUCAAACUCCGCGUGCCAAGCUCUCAUGGGUAGUGAAUUCGCCCUCUGCCAUCACGCUGUGGACCCAGCAAGAUAUGUUGCAGCUUGUAAAGAGGAUUGUUGUGCUAGCGGGGGUACCGACUGUGUGUGUAGCAGCAUGGAAGCAUAUGCCAGUGAAUGUCUCAACAUUAAUAUCAAACUUGACUGGAGAUCGGACAAACGCUGUCCCGUACAGUGCCCUGGGAAUCAGAUUCAUAAAGAAUGUGGCAGUAUGUGCCAGAAAACUUGCCAGUCACCGGCAGCGGCAUGCGAAGACCAUUCCUGUAUUGACGGCUGCUUUUGUCCCGACGGCAUGGUACUCCUUAAUGAUAUGUGUGUCCAACAAAGUCAAUGUCCAUGCGUUCUCAACGGUAAAGAGUACAAGAGCGGUGAUGUAGUUCCCAAAGAAUGUAAUAAAUGUACAUGUAUGAACGGAGGUUGGCAGUGUACCAAGAAACGGUGUGAAGCUACCUGCUCAGCAAUUGGUGACCCCCAUUACAUGACAUUUGACGGUAAACGCUACGAUUUCAUGGGACAAUGUUCCUAUUACUUGAUCUACGACCCCUCUUUUGACGUCAUUGCUGACAACAUCAAAUGCGGUCAUGGAAGCGCCUCUUGUACCAAGAGUAUUACAAUCCACUUUAAUGGGCAUCAGAUCAAAAUGGACCACAACCAUCAGCUCUUCAUUGACGGAAACGAGAUCACAUCCCUACCAUACGACAACAAUGGUAUCAAAAUUUUCAUGGUGUCGUCACUCUUUAUGAAGGCAGAGCUCGCCAAUGGUAUCACAAUCCUUUGGGACGGAAGGACUCGAGCCUACAUUACUGCUCCACCAUCUUUCAUCAACAAAACAAAAGGUCUUUGUGGAACUUACGAUUUCAACCAGAAGAACGACUUCAAGACGAUGCAAGGGGAUAUUGAAACAAAUAUCAACGCCUUUGGCAAUCGCUGGAAGACUGUGCCCACGUGUCAAAACGUUCCAUUGAACGCUACCGGAAAUCCAUGUGACGAGAACAUUAACAGGAAAAACCAGUCUGCUCAGUAUUGUAACUACCUGAAGAGUGACAUUUUCAAAGCCUGCCGUGACCUUGUUGACCCUGAUGAUUUCUACAAGAGCUGUAUGUAUGACAUGUGUGCAUGUACAGAGAACUUGAGAGAAUGUUUGUGCCCAAUGUUGGGUGAAUACGCCUCCCAGUGUUCGGCUGCUGGCGUCGACAUCCGCUGGAGAUUGGAAAUAGACGAGUGCCACAUACCAUGUACCGGCGGUCAAGAAUACCAAGUUUGUCCCAACGAAUGUACUCGAACCUGUAACAACCUUGCCAACGACCCGAACUGUAUCCAGUCGUCAGUCUGCGCAGAAGGUUGUGGCUGCCCGGUAAAUCAGACGUUGGACGAUAACGGAAAUUGUAUCACAAUUGACAGUUGUCCAUGCAAAUUCUCGGGUCAAGAGUUCAAGGCCGGCGCUGUUGUUGAACGAGGAGAUCAGAUUUGUACCUGUUUGAACGGUCGUUUUACAUGCGCUGCUAAGCCAGUUGGUUCCCAAAUUAGUGGUUUAUCAAAGAUCUGCAAAGCAAACGAGGAAUACUCCCAGUGUAUAUCUGGGUGUCCCAUGACAUGUCUCAACAUGCACGACCCAACUGCCAUGACGUGCAACACCACUGUUUGUAACGAUGGCUGUGUUUGUAAACCGGGAUAUGUCAGAGAAGGUAACGAGUGCUUGUUGAAGGACGACUGUCCAUGCUACCAUGGCGGCCUGGCUUAUAAGGAGGGCGAGAAAUUCACAAUGGAUUGCAACGAAUGCACGUGCAGAAGCCGAUUGUGGGUAUGUGAGGACAAAGACUGCCCGGCUGUAUGCAGCGCCUACGGUGACUCACAUUAUACAACGUUUGACGGUAAAGGGUACGAGUUCCAAGGCAGCUGUGACUACGUGUUUGCCAAGUCUACAGAUAGCAACCCGAUCAAGUUUGAGAUAACCACAGAAAAUAUCCCGUGCGGAACCACCGGAGUUACGUGCACACGAUCUAUAUCAUUCAGUAUCGGAGAACAAGGUACCGCUAAUUUUUACCGUAUCCAGCUCGUGAAAGGUAAACCAGUCGUUCCUGAAGCUGGUUCCCCGUUUGAAGUGCGCGAAGUUGGCAACUUUAUCAUCAUUACAACGCCGCAAGGAAUAACGCUUGAGUGGGACAAGGGAACCAGAUUGUACCUUAAGUUAAGAACCGAACACAAAGGACAGGUUCAAGGUUUAUGCGGAAACUUUGACGGUGACCAGAAGAAUGAUUUCUCAACACCACAAGGUGGACCAUCUGCAUCCAGGUCAACAACAUUCGCUGAUAGCUGGAAGGUCCACGGAUUUUGCGCCAACUCCAAGGUGAUUACCGAUACAUGUGAAGCAAAUACUGAACGACGACCAUGGGCGCAACAGAGGUGUAAUAUUAUAUCUAGCAAGGUGUUCCAGAAAUGUCACAGUGUUGUACCAUAUCAAGAAUACUUAGACAAAUGUAUAUUUGACGCAUGCGCAUGUGACACGGGUGGCGACUGUGAAUGUUUGUGUACAGCUGUUGCCGCAUACGCCCACCAGUGUGCCAUGAACGGUGUACCAAUCAGCUGGCGAACUGAAGAACUGUGUCCAAUCAUGUGUGAAAACUGCGAGACAUACAACCCUUGUAUCAGCAUUUGCCCGAAGAAAACAUGUGACAAUCGCCUUGUGUACGAUACUCUUACAACAAACUGUGGACAGGAAGUCUGCGUCGAAGGUUGCGACAUCAAGCCAUGCCCGGCAGGUCAAGUGUACGAAAGUGACAAGGAGCCAUUCAAGUGUAUACCGGAAGCCUUCUGUAACACGACUUGUCUUACCAUUAAUGGAAAAGAGUACAAAGAAGGGGAAAGAAUUUUGGACGAAACUGUUUGCAGAAUGGAUUGCGAAGUCUGUUUCUGUGACAAUAACGCCAUUCAGAGAAGUGGUGUCUGUACGGGCACUCCACCUCCCGUCCAUCUUCCCUCAGUCAGCCCAAUGAUGAUGACCGGGUCUCCAACUAUACCACCCUCAACUCUUACACCAUUGUGCGUGCGUACCGGACCUACAGCCUGGAUGAGCGUAGGAACACCAACCCCCUACAAUCAGGGAGACAUCGAGUCUAUCGCCGCCCUUAGACAACAAUAUACUUUCUGCGAGGCCAGUCAGAUGACAGCGAUUGAAUGCAGAGUCGUCGGCACACAGACGUCGUCUGCGGCGUCAAAACAGCGAGUUUUCUGUGAUUUGAGAAAUGGACUUAAAUGUUACCAUAGCGACCAGAAAAACGGUGAACAGUGUCUUAAUUACGAAGUGAGAAUCACAUGUGAAUGCGACUUACCAAUAACAACUACAAUUGCUCCAAACCUGAUACCAGGGGGAUCUCCUACAAUCCGACCACCACUAGCUAAUACGGCCACACCAACAAUGAUUGUUCCUCCGCCAACACGUGAUUCAUUAGGACUAUACGCUUGCAAAGAACCCGGAUGGACAAACUGGAUGAACUAUGACAAACCCACCGAUAAUGACGACAUAGAAUUCUUGCCAAGUCUAAUAAAAGCAUAUGCAUUCUGUCGCGAGGACCAGGUAGCCUAUAUUAUGUGCCGCCAGGUGUCUAAUGGCGCUAGUUUUGACGUAGCUGAUGACGUCAUGACCGUCUGUAACACAAAAGCUGGGUUCGCAUGCUAUGGCUCGAAGCAACCAGAUGGUACCUGUGAAGAUUAUGAGAUCAGCGUAUAUUGCCAAUGCUCUGCAUCUAUGUGCGACAAACCCAUGAUAAGCGAUGUCCGCUCCGUGCCCGACGACAAGAUAACAGCGUCGUCAUCUGCUGCCGGUAUUUCACCUGCCGACGCUCGUCUGUAUACCAUGGGUGGAUGGGAGUCCAAGAGCGGUGAUAAUUCACCAUGGAUACAAGUAGACUUUGAAGUACCCGUAAAUGUAACAGGCAUAAUGACUCAAGGAAUAAAGGGAACACCGAAAUUCACCAAACACUACACCAUAUCCUACAGCGAUAACUGCAUCAGUUUCCAGAAUCUAACAGGACGUGACAAUAAACCAGAGAUUUUCGAAGGCAACACAGACUCGGACACGGCCAUCAAACAUACGUUCAUCAAAGAAAAACAGUUUACCGCACAGUGUGUCCGUAUUCAUCCAACAGAUUACGAUAUUGCCCCGGGCUUACGGUUUGAGCUUCUUGGAUGCAGAUAUUAUCUUACCAUGAAAACAACAACGGAGCUUCCACCUCCGGGAACACUAACGAAAGCACCUGGUUUGGGUCCAAAUGAAACACCAACCGCUCAACCGGGCUUACACUCAGGAGAAACACCAUCCGCAAAACCAGGUCUUCAACCAGGACAAUCUCCAACAGCACAGCCUGGUCUUAUUUCUGGACAAACACCGACUGCCGAACCUGGUCUUAUUUCAGGACAAACACCAUCCGCAAAACCAGGUCUUCAGCCAGGACAAUCUCCAACAGCACAACCUGGCCUUAUUUCUGGACAAACACCAACUGCCGAACCUGGUCUUAUUUCAGGACAAACGCCAUCCGCAAAACCAGGUCUUCAGCCAGGACAAUCGCCAACAGCUCAACCUGGUCUGGUUUCUGGACAAACAGCGACCGCAAAGCCGGGUCUUCAACCUGGAGAGACACCAACUGCGCAACCUAGUCUCAUUUCCGGACAGAAACCAACCAUUGUAUCUAGUAGUCAGACUACCGUUUCUCCAUAUACUUGCAAGCAAGGCUGGUCGGAUUUUAUGAACAUAGACAGUCCAACGAUUACAAAACCAUCCGAAACAAAUGGACCUGGUGAUAUUGAAUCAAUUGCCGAGUUGAGAAAAUACCACAGUUUCUGUGCGAAGCCGACAGGAAUCAAAUGCCAGUCAGCCACUACAGGGGCAUCUUACAUAAUGAGUAUGGACGUAGAUGUGACAUGUGACCUCACCUCUGGUCUGGAAUGUCUCAACUCAAAACAGGGAGGUUAUGAUUGCGACGACUAUGAAGUCAGUGUGUUUUGCGAAUGCGCCCCAACUCCAGCACCUACAAGUAUACCUGGUAUAUCUGGAACCCCUGUCCCACCGAAACCAGCGUGUGAGUGGACGCCAUUCAUGAACAGUUACAAGAGAACUUCAUCCAGCACAGGGGAUUAUGAAACUAUUCAUAACUUACGAAUGUUGUAUGAGUUCUGUGAAUUCCCAUCUCAGAUACAGUGCCGAGAUGCUACAACAAAACAAGACUUUAUGCAGGCUGGCCAAGCUGGCGUGACAUGUGAUACUAACCAUGGUUUAGUAUGUGAGGACAAGGGACAAAACGGUGAACUAUGUAAAGAUUACGAAGUUCGAGUUUACUGUACUGACGCAUGUGCAUCUACACUAGCACCUGGUCUUCACCCUGGUGAAACACCAACAGCCCAACCAGGUUUGAUAUCUGGACAAUCCCCAACAGCACAACCAGGACUUGCCUCAGGUCAAUCACCUUCUGCCAAACCAGGUUUACAGCCAGGAGAAACACCCACAGCUGAGCCAGGUUUUGUCUCGGGUCAGUCACCUACCGCUCAACCAGGACUUAUAUCUGGACAGUCACCAACAGCACAACCAGGACUUAUUUCCGGACAGUCACCAUCAGCUAAACCAGGUCUACAACCAGGAGAAACACCAACAGCUCAGCCAGGUCAGAUUUCAGGCCAAUCACCAACAGCUCAACCAGGACUUGUUUCAGGACAGUCUCCAUCUGCCAAACCAGGUCUUCAACCUGGAGAGACACCAACAGCUCAACCAGGUCAGAUUUCAGGCCAAUCUCCAACAGCUCAACCAGGACUUGUUUCCGGACAAUCACCAUCUGCUAAACCGGGUUUACAGCCAGGAGAAACACCAACAGCUCAGCCAGGUCAGAUUUCAGGCCAAUCACCAACAGCUCAACCAGGACUUAUAUCUGGACAGUCACCAACAGCACAACCAGGACUUAUUUCCGGACAAUCACCAUCUGCUAAACCGGGUUUACAGCCAGGAGAAACACCAACAGCUCAGCCAGGUCAGAUUUCAGGCCAAUCACCAACAGCUCAACCAGGACUUGUUUCUGGACAGUCUCCAUCUGCCAAACCAGGUCUUCAACCUGGAGAGACACCAACAGCCCAACCAGGACUUGUAUCAGGUCAAUCACCAUCUGUCAAACCAGGGUUACAACCUGGAGAAACACCAACAGCUCAACCAGGUCAAAUUUCAGGACAAUCUCCAACGGCCCAACCAGGGCUUGUAUCUGGACAAUCACCAUCAGCAAAACCAGGGCUACAACCUGGAGAAACACCAACAGCUAAACCAGGUCAAAUUUCAGGACAAUCUCCAACAGCCCAGCCAGGACUUGUAUCAGGGCAAUCACCAUCUGCCAAACCAGGUUUACAGCCAGGAGAAACACCAACAGCUCAGCCAGGUCAGAUUUCAGGCCAAUCACCAACAGCUCAACCAGGACUUGUUUCUGGACAGUCUCCAUCUGCCAAACCAGGGCUACAACCUGGAGAAACACCAACAGCUCAACCAGGUCAGAUUUCAGGCCAAUCACCAACAGCUCAACCAGGACUUAUUUCCGGACAAUCACCAUCUGCUAAACCAGGUUUACAGCCAGGAGAAACACCAACAGCUCAGCCAGGUCAGAUUUCAGGCCAAUCACCAACAGCUCAACCAGGACUUGUUUCUGGACAGUCUCCAUCUGCCAAACCAGGGCUACAACCUGGAGAAACACCAACAGCUCAGCCAGGUCAGAUUUCAGGCCAAUCACCAACAGCUCAACCAGGACUUGUUUCUGGACAGUCUCCAUCUGCCAAACCAGGGCUUCAGCCUGGAGAAACACCAACAGCUCAGCCAGGUCAGAUUUCAGGCCAAUCACCAACAGCUCAACCAGGACUUGUUUCUGGACAGUCUCCAUCUGCCAAACCAGGGCUACAACCUGGAGAAACACCAACAGCUCAGCCAGGUCAGAUUUCAGGCCAAUCUCCAACAGCUCAACCAGGUCUUAUUUCUGGACAAUCUCCAACAGCCGAGCCAGGUCUUGUAUCAGGGCAAUCACCAUCUGCUAAACCAGGGUUACAACCUGGUGAAACACCAACAGCUCAACCAGGUCAAAUUUCAGGACAAUCUCCAACAGCCCACCCAGGUCUUGUAUCAGGUCAAUCACCAUCAGCAAAACCAGGGCUACAACCUGGAGAAACACCAACAGCCCAGCCAGGUCUUGUCUCUGGCCAAUCACCAUCCGCUCAGCCAGGGCUUGUUUCCGGACAGACCCCCUCUGCUAAACCAGGUUUACAACCAGGAGAAACACCAACUGCUAAACCAGGACAUGUAUCCGGACAAUCCCCAACUGCCGCCCCUGAGUUUUGCAGGGAAGGUUGGACAGAUUGGAUAAAUACAGGAAAUCCAUCUACAUUAGAGGGAGAUUUUGAGUCUUACAGAAGUAUUCAAGGAUAUCCAAUGACAUGUGACGAAGUUGUCACAGCAAUGUGCGCCAUAGCGUCAACUGGACAACCGUAUACUUACUCCGGUCAAGAUGUCCGAUGUGACAGUGAUGGACUUGAGUGUGUUGAUGGACCAUUUCAGAAAUGUCUGGAUUACAAGAUCAAGUUCUACUGUUCAUGCCAUCCAAGUUUAUCAACUGCCAAGUCGGGGCAAACGCCAACAGCACAGCCAGGUUUUAACCCAGGAGAAACUCCUACAGCUCAACCUGGUCUUUUACCGGGACAGUCUCCAACUGCUCACCCAGGUCUUUUACCAGGACAAACACCAACUGCUGAACCAGUAUUUCUACCAGGACAGUCACCAACAGCUCAACCAGGUCUUCAGCCUGGGCAAUCACCUACAGCUAAACCAGGUCUUAUUUCAGGACAAACACCAACUGCUCAACCAGGUUUUCUCCCAGGACAGUCACCAACAGCUCAACCAGGUUUUCAACCAGGACAGUCACCAACAGCCCAACCCGGUCUUCAGCCAGGACAGUCACCAACUGCUCAACCAGGUUUUCAACCGGGUCAAUCACCAACUGCUCAACCCGGUCUUCAGCCAGGAGAGACCCCGACUGCACAACCAGGUCUUCUGCCUGGACAGUCACCAACAGCGCAUCCAGGACUUCAGCCAGGUCAGUCGCCAACUGCUCAACCAGGUUCAAUUUCCGGACAGUCACCAACAGCUCAACCAGGACUUCAGCCAGGUCAAUCACCAACAGCUCAACCAGGUCUUCAGCCAGGAGAGACCCCGACUGCACAACCAGGUCUUCUGCCUGGACAGUCACCAACAGCGCAUCCAGGACUUCAGCCAGGUCAAUCACCAACUGCUCAACCAGGACUAUUGCCCGGACAGUCACCAACUGCUCAACCAGGUAUGAUAUCAGGACAGUCACCAACAGCUCAACCAGGUCUUCAGUCUGGUCAAUCACCAACAGCUAAACCAGGUCUUAUAUCAGGACAAACACCAACAGCUCAACCUGGUAUGCAUUCAGGUGGAACACCAACUGUUCACCCACCAUACGUUAGUGGACAAUCUCCAGGUAUUAAUGUCACACCUGGAUACCAGCAAUACGAGUGUGCUCAUGGCUGGACUGAGGCAAUGAGUGUUAGCACACCUUCUAUUACCGGAGAUGAUCUGGAGCCUAUAGCGGAACUCAGAAAGAAAUAUGACUUUUGUAACGAAAGUCACAUUGUUGCCAUAAGGUGCACAGGUCUUAUCACGGAGAAGAAGGGAGAAGAAAUGGGUGAAACGGUCAAAUGUGAUCAAAAAACUGGAUUUUCCUGUUAUGGACGAGAUCAAACUGAUAAAAAAUGUGAAGAUUACGCCGUCCAGUUUUAUUGUGACUGCAGAAUCACGACACCAAAUCCAGAAUUAACAACAACCAUUGCCCCACCAUUCUUACCAGGAGGAACGCCUACAAUACGCCCGCCAAACUUCUCUCCAGUUACACCAACAGCUAGACCUCCUUUGUUCCAAGGCGAAACUCCAACGCCCCGCCCUUACUGUGACAUACCAAUGGGAGUGGCUAAUCCGCUAACAGUUUCAGGCAGCCAGCUUUCGGCUUCAACAGCCUUCAACUUUAGCUUUGAAGCAUCUAAUGGUCGUCUGAACAAACAAGCUGACGGUAACGGCGCGGGUGCAUGGGUCCCAAGGUAUUCGGACAAUCAACAAUGGAUUCAAGUUAACUUCGGACAUCCCGAACGUAUAGCUGGUGUUCUGACGAUGGGCCGUGCAGAUGCCGACCAGUGGGUUGAAUCAUUUGUUAUCGAAACAAGUCUUGACGGGAAACAUUGGUAUCAGUACACAGAUGCCAAUGCCGCCAAAUCACCGACUGUGUUGCCAGCUAACUUUGAUCAGAACACAGCAGUUAGGACCAUGCUUGACAGAGAGAUUGAUGCCAAGUAUGUAAGAAUCAGCCCAAGAUCGUGGCACAAUGCUAUAGCAUUACGAUUUGAAGUUUUGUCUUGUUAUGGGCCCGUACUGAUGCAGACAACAUUGGUUCCCCCAGUCAUUAGUGGUGGUUUCCCAACAGCUCAGCCACAUCUAGGAUCAGAGCAGACACCGACAGCGAAACCUCCUAUUUCAGGAACAGAAGUCCCAACUGCUGCACCAGUAUGUUUGGAGCCAAUGGGUAUAGAUAAUUCUCUGAUGGUGCAUGACAAUCAGCUUAAAGCUAGCUCUGAGCUAGACAAACCAUCUGGCGCUGCUGCUGCAAGAUUGUACAAUGAAUUUGGCGGCUGGUCUCCAAGCACUGCUGCUGGAAAACCAUGGAUCCAAGUCGAUUUUCUCCGACCUAAAUACGUAUCAGGUAUCCUAACACAAGGUCUACCAAACAAAGAUAGAUGGGUAUCGCAGUUUUAUUUGUCUACGUCAUUGGAUGGGUUCUCAUUCAAACCGUACUCGGAGGUACCUGGAGGCACUCCUACCAUAUUUAAUGGUAACACGGAUAAAGACUCGAUUAAAAAGAAUAUGUUCAACAGAAAUGUUGAAGCAAGAUAUGUAAGACUGACUGUGAUCGAAGGGGGAUCAGCUGGCAUUGGACUAAGAUUCAAUGUGAUUGGCUGUUACAGCGCUGUGCCGACACCUGCUCCUAAUACAGAAAAGACCCAAACACCGACUGCAAUACCUCCAUGGGCAAUGACAACACUGGGUGUAACCCAGAUCCUUCCAGUCUGCACGAUACCGAUGGGCAUUGGUAAUCAUUUGAUCAUCACCGCCUCACAAAUAACGGCGUCGUCUGCCCUCGGACUUGGUCACCUUCUGUCAAAGAGAGAAGCGACUGGUGUCAAACUGCCUUGGACUCCUGAACCUGAUGAUAAGCAGCCUUGGAUUCAGGUUGACUUCCUUGAACCAAAAACCAUUUCCGGUGUUAUCACCAGUGGUAGCUCAUACAAAGCAGAGUGGGUCACCUCAUACCAAGUUUUCACAAGUGUCGAUGGCAAAGACUUUACGCCUUAUUCAGACGUCAUUAACGGAACAUCGCCAAAGACGUUCAGCGGAAAUAAUGACAAUAAAACAGAAGUAACCCGUCUUUUCAAUCGUAAUAUCAUAGCUAGAUACAUUCGCAUAUACCCGAAGACAUGGCAUAAAGCAGCUUCUCUGAUAUUCGAAAUUCUCGGCUGUAAUCCAUCUGAACCUAUUGCUACUACUACAGUAGCUCCAAAUCUUGUGAGUGGUCAGACUCCAACAGCUCAUCCCGGUCAGGGCGUAAAUGGAACACCUACCGAAAUACCACCUGCAGUUACCGGUGAACCAUCGCAAUACAAGACUACUUCUAGGUUUGGCCAGAUGGUUUUCCCACCGAUGCCGAACUUUGAUGCUCCCCCAAGAGUAUGUCUUACACCCAUGGGUCUGGAAAAUGCUCUGAUAGUUGGAGGCAGUCAGAUCACAGCCUCGUCAUCACAAGGAGAGAACUUCAAACCAGAGAAUGGUCGCAUAUACAGCGGAUCAGCCUGGGCACCAAGCGCAUCUGACAAGCAACCUUGGAUCCAGGUAGAUUUCAAGAACCCAAAACUUGUGAGUGGUAUCCGUACACAGGGAGAAAAUGGCGGUCAAAGAUGGCUGACAAAAUACUCAGUAAGCAUAAGCAUUGAUGGAAAGACAUUUAUCCCAUACUCUGAUAAACUCGGAGACAGCAAUGCAAAGGUGUUUACGGCCAACCGAGAUAACCACAGCAUCAGGCGCCAUCUUUUCAAUCGUAACAUCACUGCUCAGUACGUACGUAUAUAUCCGGUUGCAUGGCAUGGUGCAUCUCCAGCGUUCCGUUUCAAUAUCCUUGGAUGUAAUCCCGACAUUCCACAGACACCAGUAGUGACGACAAUUGCACCGGAAACAACCAUUGCUCCAAACGCUUCCUAUGGAUCACCGACAACACCAAGCAGUUCUGGAAACGGAAGUACGGCAACAACGUCUGGCUACAAUAACCUUGUUACAAUACCAGGACUUCCAAUGAUACCCCCGUCAUUCUGUAAGCUACCAAUGGGUGUUGAAAACCAUCUGAUUGUAAAAGAUCAACAGCUCAGUGCUUCUUCGUCAAAAGAUAUGUUUACUGGACCAGAAAGGGCUCGUCUAUAUGGUGACAAAGAUGGAAGUUUUGCCGGCGCUUGGGUUCCAAGCAAAAACAACUUGAAACAGUACAUUCAAGUCGACUUCCUUGCUCCAUAUUACGUUGGAGGCGUGAUUACACAAGGAAGGGCAGAGCUACCUCAGUGGGUCACGAAAUAUGAGAUUUUCUACAGCACUGACGGCAAACACUUCUCAUCAGUACCAAGAUCAGUCUAUGAUAACGCACCAAUGGUUUUCACUGGCAACACUGAUAAUAUUACACCUGUCACGCACGAGUUCCCGCUAAUAUCUGCAAGAUGGAUAAGAAUUCAUCCGCUUGAAUGGCAUGAAGGGAUAGCAAUGAGAAUCAAUCUUUUAGGCUGUAUGUCCCCAUCAAGAACACCUCUUACAACUAGAGCCCCAUUGACGACUCCUGCAACAUCUCCAGGCAAGUCUACGGGAAGUACCACGCCCGCUUCCGGUGUCACAGCCACCGCUUGUGCAUACUGGACACCUUGGGUGAGCUCAAGCAAACCAGAUAUGGUAGGGGAAUAUGAGACUGCUUGGGAGCUGCGAAACAUGAUAACCAUGUGUGAAAUGAACUAUGUGACUGUCACAGAAUGUAGAACCGUUGGAACACAUAUCCCAUAUGACCAAGCUGGCGAAGAAAAUGUUGUCUGCAACAAUGAACUUAAAGGUCUUGUCUGCUUUGCACAAAACCAGACUGACGGAAGUUGCAUGGACUAUGAGAUUAGAGUAUUCUGUGACGAAUGUGCUUCCACCACAUCGAACCCACUGACGACACCUCAGCCUAACACGUGUAAACCAAGAUGGUUACCUUGGAUAAAUAACAUGACACCAACGACAGAUAUGAACUAUGUUGAACAUGAGUACAUGGCUUUAAAUAAGCAGAAAGAACUAUGUAGUGAUGGGCGUAUAACAAGAAUCGAAUGUGAAACAGCAGGAGGUAUUCCAUUUUACAGCGCUGGUGCGAUUGGAACAACAUGUGAUAUAACCAGUGGAUUUACAUGCAGAAACAGUGAAAAUUACCCAGUUCCGUGUGAAGAUUAUAAAGUCAGAUAUUUCUGCGAGUGUGAGCCCUCGUUAUCUACUACAUUAGCACCAGGAUUACUCAAUGGACAGACCCCAACAGCCCAACCAGGCAUGCAUUCUGGAGAAACACCAACAGCUCAACCAAGUCUUCAGCCAGGUCAAUCGCCAUCAGCCCACCCAGGACUUAUUUCCGGACAAACACCGUCUGCUAAACCAGGCUUGCAGCCAGGAGAAACACCGACAGCUCAGCCAGGACUCAUUUCUGGCCAAUCACCAACCGCACAACCAGGACUUGUUUCAGGACAGUCUCCAACAGCCCAGCCAGGACUAAUAUCUGGACAGUCACCAACAGCCCAACCAGAUCUAAUUUCCGGACAAUCACCAUCAGCCAAACCAGGUUUACAGCCGGGAGAGACACCAACUGCUCAACCAGGUCUUGCUUCAGGUCAGUCUCCAACUGCUCAACCAGGACUUAUAUCUGGACAGUCACCAACAGCCCAACCAGGUCUAAUUUCCGGACAAUCACCAUCAGCUAAACCAGGUCUACAACCAGGAGAAACACCAACUGCUCAACCAGGACUUAUAUCUGGACAGUCACCAACAGCCCAACCAGGUCUAAUUUCCGGACAAUCACCAUCAGCCAAACCAGGUUUACAGCCGGGACAGUCACCAACAGCUCAACCAGGCCUUGUAUCUGGACAGUCACCAACAGCCCAACCAGGACUUAUCUCAGGCCAAUCACCGACUGCCCAACCAGGACUUGUUUCUGGCCAAUCACCAACUGCACAGCCAGGGCUUGUUUCUGGACAAUCACCAUCUGCUAAACCAGGAUUACAACCAGGAGAAACGCCGACUGCUCAACCCGGACUUGUUUCUGGCCAAUCACCGACUGCCCAACCAGGACUUGUUUCUGGCCAAUCACCAACCGCACAGCCAGGGCUUGUUUCUGGACAAUCACCAUCUGCUAAACCAGGACUUAUCUCAGGCCAAUCACCGACUGCCCAACCAGGGCUUGUUUCUGGACAAUCACCAUCUGCUAAACCAGGACUUAUCUCAGGCCAAUCACCGACUGCUCAACCAAGUCUUGUUUCUGGCCAAUCACCAACUGCACAGCCAGGACUUGUUUCUGGACAAUCACCAUCUGCUAAACCAGGAUUGCAACCAGGAGAAACGCCGACUGCUCAACCCGGACUUGUUUCUGGCCAAUCACCGACUGCCCAACCAGGACUUGUUUCUGGCCAAUCACCAACUGCACAGCCAGGGCUUGUUUCUGGACAAUCACCAUCUGCUAAACCAGGAUUACAACCAGGGGAAACACCAACUGCUCAACCUGGUCUUAUUUCUGGCCAAUCACCGACUGCUCAGCCAGGAUUUAUCCCAGGACAAUCACCGACUGCUCAACCAGGGCUUAUAUCCGGACAGUCACCAACAGCCCAACCAGGACUUAUUUCCGGACAAACACCAUCUGCAAAACCAGGUUUACAACCUGGAGAAACACCGACUGCUCAACCAGUACUACAACCAACAACAUGUAAAGUUAUUACAAAAUGGUCUACUUGGAUCAACAGAAACACUCCAUCAAUAGAUACUGACGAAAAGGAGUUCAUGACUGAUGCAGAAAAACUUGCGUUCUGUGGGUCAGGUAAACUUCUCUCCGUCGAGUGUCAGACAAUAAACAAGAUACCUAGUUACAGUGCUGGUGAUCUUGGAACAACAUGUGACCUUGCCAACGGCAUUGUGUGCAAAGGAAUGGAUAAUUACCCUAUUGGUUGUCAAGACUACAUGAUCAGAUACCAGUGUCAAGAACAAGUUUGUGGAGCUCCAACAAAACAGCCAAGUCCCGGAACUUUGGCGCCAGGUCAGCAGACAACAAAUCCGUCGCCUGGUCCGGGUGCUUUCACAACUGCAACACCAACUGGUGUUCCAUCCACUGUUUGUAAUACUGUCUCUAGAUGGAGCAGUUGGGUCAACAGGGAUAAACCUACUGCAGGCGAUGGUGACAAAGAGUUUUUAACACCUGAAGAGUUGAAAAAAUUCUGCGGCACAGGCAAAAUUGUCACUGCUGAGUGCGCAGCUGCUGAUGGCACUCCGUACUACAAUACCGGUGAAGUAGUUGACUGUAACCCAACUUCUGGUUUAUUCUGUGAUAACUUCAAUAAUUUCCCACUGAACUGCCAAGAUUACAUGAUAAGAUACCAAUGUGAAGAAACAAUUUGUCACGGACCAACAAAACCGCCUGGAAUUAAUGACAAAUUCUCAACAGGUGUACCAACCGCACAACCUGGUCUGCUUCCCGGGGAAACACCAACUGCCCAACCUGGUCUCCAACCAGGCCAGUCACCAACAGCACAGCCCGGCCUUCUACCCGGACAAUCACCAACAGCUCAACCAGGGCUUCAUUCUGGAGAAACACCAACAGCACAACCUGGUCUUUUACCCGGACAAUCACCAACAGCUCAACCAGGUAUCCUACCCGGACAAUCACCAACAGCUCAACCAGGGCUUCAUUCUGGAGAAACACCAACAGCACAGCCCGGCCUUCUACCCGGACAAUCACCAACAGCUCAACCAGGUAUUCUACCCGGAGAAACGCCAACAGCUCAGCCUGGUCUUAUUUCUGGACAAACACCAACAGCUGCACCAAGUCUUAUUUGCAAAACCGUCGAAACUGGCAAACGUUGGUCGAUGUGGAUCGACAGACACACAAUUCAACCAUUAGGUGGUGAUGCAGAAAAAAUGACAACAGAAGAGCUUAAACGGUUUUGUCAACGAGGAACAGUUGAUGCUAUAGAAUGUGAAACUCUUGAUGGAAAAUCUAGUAAAAUCGCAGGAGAUAUCACAACUUGCACAAUAGAAAAUGGACUGAUUUGUGAUGAAUUCCAGAACUAUCCAAUUGGUUGUCAGGAUUACAGAGUUCGAUACCAAUGCACAGAAAAAGAAACGAUUUGUCAAACACCAACGGCACAACCUGGUCUUCAGCCAGGACAGUCACCAACAGCUCAGCCCGGUCUUAUCUCCGGCCAAUCGCCAACAGCCCAGCCAGGUCUUCAGUCAGGUCAAUCGCCAACAGCUCAACCAGGUUUAGUCUCAGGACAGUCACCGACAGCUCAACCAGGACUUAUAUCUGGGCAAUCACCAUCAGCUAAACCAGGCCUACAACCAGGAGAAACACCAACAGCUCAACCUGGCAUGCAUUCAGGUGAAACGCCAACUGCCGAGCCAGGCCUUAUCUCCGGACAGUCACCAACUGCUCAACCAGGCCUUCAGUCAGGUCAGUCUCCAACAGCUCAGCCAGGUCUUGUCUCAGGACAGUCACCGACAGCUCAACCAGGACUUAUAUCUGGGCAAUCACCAUCAGCUAAACCGGGACUACAACCAGGAGAAACACCAACAGCUCAACCUGGCAUGCAUUCAGGUGAAACGCCAACUGCACAGCCAGGACUUAUCUCCGGACAGUCACCAACAGCUCAACCAGGACUGCUUCCAGGACAGUCUCCUACAGCACAACCAGGUUUAAUUUCCGGACAAACACCAUCUGCUAAACCUGGCCUUGUUUCUGGACAAACCCCAACAGCCCAACCAGGAUUGCAUUCAGGCGUAACACCAACAGCUCAACCUGGUCUUAUCUCAGGACAGUCACCAACUGCUGAGCCAGGUUUGGUCUCAGGACAGUCACCAACUGCUCAACCAGGACUUCUUCCUGGACAGUCACCUACUGCACAACCAGGUUUAAUUUCCGGACAGACACCAUCUGCAAAACCUGGCCUUAUUUCUGGACAAACCCCAACAGCAGAACCAGGGCUGCAUUCAGGUGAAACGCCAACAGCUCAGCCUGGUCUUAACUCAGGACAGUCGCCAACAGCUCAACCAGGUUUGAUCUCAGGACAGUCGCCAACUGCUCAACCAGGUCUGCUACCAGGUCAGUCACCAACAGCCAAACCUGGCCUUCUUCCAGGACAGUCUCCAACUGCUCAACCAGACUUGAUAUCCGGGCAGUCACCAACUGCUCAACCGGGUCUCGUUUCAGGACAAACACCAACAGCUCAGCCUGGCUUGAUCUCUGGACAAUCUCCAUCUAUCAAUGUUUGUACAAAGAGCCACUGGAGUUCAUGGGUAAAUCAAGACAAUCCAAUGAUGGGUGAUGGUGAUUAUGAAAGUCUUUCACAACAAGAACUUGCAGCAUUUUGUAUCGGCGGAGUUGUGUCAAGUAUUGAGUGUGUAACCGAGGACGGUAUUCCAUCUUACAGUUCUGGUGAAAUAACCUCAUGUGAUCUUAGCGACGGAUUCGCUUGCAGAAAUGCCGAAAAUGCCCCUGUUCCUUGCUCUGAUUACAAGAUAAGAUAUUUCUGCAAAUGUCAAGAUGUUGCAACGACCACAAUUGAACCACCAUUUAAAGUUCCUGUGGAGCCAACACUUCACUUAAGGUGCGCUUGGUCUCCAUGGCUGAACGGUGACAGACCAAAUUUUGGAACAAAUGAUGUAGGAGACCUGGAAACAAUCGCCGGUUUGAAGACUAAGUUUGGUUUGUGCAAGAACAUUGUAGAUGUAAAAUGCAGAGUAGCCCAAACAAAUACUCCAGCAUCAGCUGCUGGUCAGGUCGGAGUAGUAUGUGACUCUGUCAAUGGUCUUAGAUGUUAUAACAGGGAUCAGCCAGGAGGCAGUUGCCAUGAUUACGAAAUUAGCGUGUUCUGUUGGAGCCCUGAAUGUUCUACGUAUACCGGACCUACACCAACACCUGGUACCGGUCCAAGUGUUACACCAAUGAUCAUCACAGCUGUAUGUCCACCUGGUGAGGUAUGGGAAUCUUGUGCCUACAAAUGUAGUGAACUCUGUGAAGGGUAUGCAGAAACUACCGGCCUUUGUAACACGGAUAAUCCAUGUGUGCCUAUGUGCAGAAAGCCUGACGCCAACAAAGGAUGUGCUGUCGGUGAACUUUUGAAGGACAAGAACACGUGUGUUAAGAAAGAAAUGUGUCCAUGUCUUAAACCGGACGGAACAGUUGCACAGGCUUACGAAACCUGGUCGAAUCCCAAAGACGACUGCUCAUUGUGUCAGUGUGCCAACAACGAGGUUCGAUGUAACAAGUAUGAUAACUGCUCCGCAGUACCUCAUCCUUCCACAACAACAACAAUUGCGCCACCUAUGAUUAACGGAAGUGUACCCACUAUAAGACCACAAAUUACUCACCCUGAAUGCGGAUGGACAGCAUGGAUAAACAGUGAUAGGCCUACUGUGGGAAGCGGUGACUUGGAAACUCUAUCCAAAAUACGUCGAGUCCACUCCUUCUGUGCCAACCCUGCAAUGAUUGAAUGCAGAGAUGUUCACACACGUACACCUGUAAGCGAUAUCAAACAGAAAGUAUCUUGCGACCUCAACACUGGUCUGAAAUGCUUGAAUUGGGACAAUAAUGGCGAUUGUUCAGAUUUUGAAGUUCGAUUCUUCUGCCCGUGUCUGUCAACAACUGUGUCUCCAGCAGCCCAGUCAGGACAGUCUCCAACUGCCCAGCCGGGUCUCAUCUCAGGACAGUCACCAACUGCUAAACCAGGCCUGUUACCAGGACAGUCACCCACCGCCCAACCAGGUCUUAUUUCUGGUCAGUCACCAUCUGCUAAACCAGGCCUGAUUUCUGGACAAACUCCAACAGCACAGCCAGGCCUACUACCAGGACAGUCUCCAACAGCUCAACCAGGUUUAAUUUCUGGCCAAACACCAUCUGCUAAACCAGGACUUGUUUCUGGUGGAACACCAACUGCACAACCAGGUUUGAUAUCAGGACAGUCACCAACUGCUCAGCCAGGACUUCUACCAGGACAGUCACCAACUGCUCAACCUGGUCUUAUAUCUGGACAGUCACCUACAGCUCAACCAGGUCUACUACCAGGACAGUCACCAUCUGCUAAACCAGGCCUGAUUUCUGGACAAACACCAACAGCUCAACCAGGACUGCACUCUGGUGAAACACCAACUGCACAGCCAGGUCUACUACCAGGACAGUCUCCUACUGCUCAACCAGGUUUGAUCUCUGGCCAAACACCAUCUGCUAAACCAGGACUUCUACCAGGACAAUCACCAACUGCUCAACCAGGUCUACUUCCAGGACAGUCCCCGACUGCACAGCCAGGUCUUAUCUCCGGACAGUCACCAACUGCUCAACCUGGUCUUAUAUCAGGACAGUCGCCAACAGCACAACCUGGUCUUGUAUCAGGUCAAUCACCAACAGCUCAACCAGGUCUAAUAUCAGGACAGUCGCCAACAGCUCAACCAGGCCUACUACCAGGACAGUCCCCGACUGCACAGCCAGGUCUGAUCUCCGGACAGUCACCAACAGCACAACCUGGUCUUGUAUCAGGACAGUCACCAACUGCUCAACCUGGUCUUGUAUCAGGACAGUCGCCAACAGCUCAACCUGGUCUUGUAUCAGGACAGUCACCAACAGCUCAACCUGGUCUUGUAUCAGGACAGUCACCAACAGCUCAACCUGGUCUUGUAUCAGGACAGUCACCAACAGCUCAACCUGGUCUUGUAUCAGGACAGUCACCAACAGCACAGCCAGGUCUGAUGUCCGGACAGUCACCAACAGCUCAACCUGGUCUUGUAUCUGGACAAUCACCGACAGCUCAACCUGGUCUUAUAUCAGGACAGACACCAACAGCACAACCAGGUCUACUACCAGGCCAGUCCCCGACUGCACAACCAGGUCUUAUCUCUGGACAGUCACCGUCUGCUAAACCAGGUUUAGUCUCUGGGCAAACUCCAACAGCUCAACCAGGAAUGCACUCUGGUGAAACACCAACUGCUCAACCAGGUCUUAUUUCAGGUCAGUCCCCAACUGCUGAACCAGGUUUGAUUUCUGGCCAGACACCAUCUGCUAAACCAGGACUACAACCAGGGCAAUCACCAACGGCACAACCAGGACUAUUACCAGGGCAGUCCCCUACUGCCCAACCAGGUCUUAUCUCAGGACAAUCACCAUCUGCUAAACCUGGCCUGGUUUCUGGACAAACUCCAACAGCUCAGCCUGGAUUGCACUCCGGUGAAACACCAACAGCACAACCGGGUCAAAUUUCAGGACAGUCACCAACUGCUCAGCCUGGUCUUAUAUCAGGACAAACACCUACAGCAGGACCAACCCUUUGUGGCUGGACAAACUGGAUGAAUGGCCAUAAACCUGACGACUUCUCUGGAGAAUCUGAAUUAUUUAGUGACUUAAGGGCUAAACAUCAGUUUUGCCAAGAUAUGGAUAUCCAGGGUAUAGAGUGCAGGGUUGUAAACUCCCAUUUAAUGAUCAACCAAACUGACCAAGUAAAUGUUAUGUGUGAUAUAACAUCUGGCGGCCUUUUAUGUUUUACUUUUGACCAACCGUCUGGUCAAUGUCUGGACUAUGAAAUAAGACUUUUCUGUGAACCAAAAGGUGUUGAUUGUUCAGCUGUUCCGACUGCCCAUCCAGGUUUAAUCUCUGGUCAAACUCCUACAGCUCAACCAGGACUACAGUCUGGUCAGUCACCAACUGCUCAACCAGGGCUCGUAUCUGGCGGUCAAACACCAACUGCUCAACCAAGUGGCAUGUCAGGCGGUACUCCAACUGCUCAACCUCCAAUUAAAACUGGACAGACGCCAACCCAAUCCCUCUGUGUUGAUGGCUGGUCAUCAUGGAUUAACCGUGACACACCUCCAAGUGAUGGAAAGGAAGUAGAGUUCAUGAAUGCCACAGAGAAGGCAGCGUUCUGUAACGGCGGUAAAAUAUCUUCAAUUGAAUGCGUUACCACAGAUGGAAUAGAAAGUUACAGCACUGGCGAGAUCCUUGAGUGCAACAUCGAAAGAGGCCUUGUAUGUGAAGAUGCCAUGAACGCACCUAUACCUUGUAGCGACUACAAAGUUAGAUACCUGUGUCAGUGUCCUCCAGUUACAACCCGAAAACCAGGACUUGACAACGGAGAAACUCCAACUGCCCAUCCAGGUUUACACUCUGGAGAAACACCUACUGCCCAACCAGGAUACCAGUCAGGACAAUCACCUUCUGCUCAUCCAGGUCUCCUACCCGGUCAAACACCAACUGCUCAACCAAGUGGCAUGUCAGGUGGUACACCAACCGCCCAGCCUCCAAUCAAACCCGGACAGACGCCAACUCAAUCCCUCUGUGUUGAUGGUUGGUCAUCAUGGAUUAACCGUGACACACCUCCAAGUGAUGGAAAGGAAGUAGAGUUCAUGAAUGCCACAGAGAAGGCAGCGUUCUGUAACGGCGGUAAAAUAUCUUCAAUUGAAUGCGUUACCACAGAUGGAAUAGAAAGUUACAGCACAGGCGAGAUCCUUGAGUGCAAUAUCGAAAGGGGUCUUGUGUGUGAAGAUGCCAUGAAUGCACCUAUACCUUGUAGUGAUUACAAAGUGAGAUACAUGUGCAAGUGUCCUCCAGUAACAACACGAAAACCAGGACUUGACAACGGAGAAACACCAACAGCCCAUCCAGGUUUACACUCUGGAGAGACACCUACUGCCCAACCAGGAUACCAGUCAGGACAAUCACCAAGUGCUCACCCAGGUCUCCUACCCGGUCAAACGCCAACUGCUCAACCAAGUGGCAUGUCAGGCGGUACACCAACCGCUCAGCCUCCAAUCAAACCCGGACAGACGCCAACUCAAUCACUCUGUGUUGAUGGCUGGUCAUCAUGGAUUAACCGUGACACACCUCCAAGUGACGGAAAGGAAGUAGAGUUCAUGAAUGCCACAGAGAAGGCAGCGUUCUGUAAUGGCGGUAAAAUAUCUUCAAUUGAAUGCGUAACCACAGAUGGAAUAGAAAGUUACAGCACUGGCGAGAUCCUUGAGUGCAACAUCGAAAGAGGCCUUGUAUGUGAAGAUGCCAUGAAUGCACCUAUACCUUGUAGUGAUUACAAAGUGAGAUACAUGUGCAAGUGUCCUCCAGUAACAACACGAAAACCAGGACUUGACAACGGAGAAACACCAACUGCCCAUCCAGGUUUACACUCUGGAGAGACACCUACUGCCCAACCAGGAUACCAGUCAGGACAAUCACCUUCUGCUCAUCCAGGUCUCCUACCCGGUCAAACGCCAACUGCUCAACCUAGUGGCAUGUCAGGCGGUACACCAACCGCCCAGCCUCCAAUCAAACCCGGACAGUCUCCAGCCCAAUCACUCUGUGUUGAUGGCUGGUCAUCAUGGAUUAACCGCGACACACCUCCAAGUGACGGAAAGGAAGUAGAGUUCAUGAAUUCAACAGAGAAAGCAGCGUUCUGCAACGGCGGUAAAAUAUCUUCAAUUGAAUGCGUAACCACAGAUGGAAUAGAAAGUUACAGCACAGGCGAGAUCCUUGAGUGCAACAUUGAGAGAGGUCUCGUGUGUGAGGAUGCCAUGAAUUUUCCAAUACCAUGCAGUGAUUACAAGAUCAGAUACCAGUGCCAAUGUCCAGUAACGUCAGCUUUACCACCAACAACCACAACUGCCAUGCCAACUCCAAACUCCAACUUCCCAGUUGUGUGCACAAAGGAGAUGGGAUUAGAACAAGGCCAUAUUAGAGACGAAAUGAUUACAGCAUCAUCGUCACGUGACGGAAAUAUCAAUCCAAAGAAUGCUCGACUCAAUAGUUUCGGAGCUUGGGUUGCCAACACGAACGACAGGAACCAGUACCUACAGGUGAAUUUCCUUGCACCUCAGCUUCUAACAGGAGUUAUUACACAGGGAAGACACAAUGUUCCGUCGUACGUCACAUCAUACAAAGUGUUUUACUCUACAGAUGGAUUCCAUUGGACAGCAUACCAGGACAAAGGUGUUGAUAAGAUCUUCACAGCCAACAAGGACUCUGACUCAAAAGCCACAAACUGGUUCGAGCACCCUAUCCGAGCACAGUACAUUCGUAUCUCACCACAGACUUGGCAGGGUGUUAUUGCAAUGCGCCUUGAAAUAUUAGGCUGUUACCAAGGAUAUCCAACUGUAGCCCCUCCACCAACAAUGACACCAAAGGCACCCGUAAUCGCUGAUAGUUGUAUCGUCUGGGAUAGCUGGGUAAACCAAGGUCAUAUUACACUGACAUCUGGCGGAGACAGUGAACCAAUCGCUGACGUGCAAGCUGCUUCUCACAUGUGUACCAGUCCAGUCAAAAUUGAAUGUGUCCGUGCCAAUGACGAGUUACCCUACUCCCAGACCGGGCAAACUGUGAAAUGUAACCUCUGGGACGGUUUGGUCUGCUUUAACGCGGACAAUUCACCACUAUGCUACGACUACAAAGUCAGACUCGGCUGCUUAAAGAACACCCCUGAAUGCACAAUGACAACAUUGACACCACCUGCAAUCUUCACUGGAGCUCAACAUGGAACCACUAAACCUGUCACAGGAACGGUACAAAGCAAGAUACUGCCUUGCUUCGAGGGCAUGGAUACAUCAGCUUGUCCCAAGGAAGGAUGCAAUGACGGUUUCUACUGUAAUGGAAUACAGUGUGUCAGAAAGAAUGAAUGUUCGUGCUUGGUUGAUGGCAAGGUCGUCAAGCCUGGAAGCUUCAAACAAAAUAGCAACUGUGACACAUGUCAAUGUAUUGCCGGUGAAGUGAUGUGUACACCAAAGAGCUGUCCAGCCUGCAAUGCUGGCUAUUCAAUGACAAUUAACAAAACUACUUGCCAAUGUGGUUGUGAGACUUGCGAGACUGGUGAAUUCCGAUGCGGUGACGGUGUGUGUAUUUCAAACGGAAAAAGAUGUGACGGAAUCAUCGACUGCAUUAAUGAUGAAGUCGGUUGUGUAUCAACACCGAUGUUUACACCACCAAUGGGUUUCACUGGAGUUCCUACAGCCAAGCCUAUGACAGGAUUCAAUGGUCAACCAUUGACAAAACCACAUGACAAAUACUCAUCUGCUGCCCCAGUCAUGUGUCAGAACCACUGGUCUAGCUGGAUCAAUCGUGAUAAACCAGAUUCUGGUGACGGCGACAGAGAAAUCAUGACAACGAAAGAACUUGAAGGAGUAUGUGUCGGUGGAAAGAUCACUAGCAUUGAAUGUAUCACAUCCGAUGGUAUACCAUCUUACAGUACCGGAGAGAUCAUGCAGUGCUCCCUUGAAGGCGGCUCUGUUUGUUUGAGCGACGAUAACUUCCCAGUAGCAUGUAGUGAUUACAAGAUCAGAUACUUCUGUACAUGUGAUGAAACACCAACUCUUGGACCACAUGGCAUGACCACACAGACACCAUCAGCCAAGCCACCACUAGGAGGAAAUACACCAACAAUGUCAUCAGGUCUUACAACACAAUUAUCAGGAGAGACAACAAAGGCACCAAUACUGUGUCAAAGUCGCUGGUCUUCAUGGAUUAAUACUGAUUCACCUUCUACAGGAGACGGUGAUAGAGAGAUAUGGUCCUCGGCUCAACAGCAGGCAUUCUGUUCUAAUGGACACGUCACAGGUAUCGAGUGUGUAACCGACAGUGGCAUACCGUCAUAUAGUACCGGAGAGAUCAUGCAGUGUUCUAUUGAAGGUGGCUCUGUUUGUUUGAACGACGAUAACUUCCCAGUACCAUGCAGCGAUUACAAGAUCAGAUACUUCUGUACAUGUGAUGCACAACCAACAAACAAACCUUCUCAGAUUUCUACAGAAACACCAACAUUGCAACCGACUCUUGGAGGCAGCACAGUAUCUGUACCUCCACCGCUGUCUUCUAAAGCACCAGGAGUGCCAACAAAUGCACCGUUCCUUUGUCAGAACAGAUGGUCUACAUGGAUUAACACAGACACGCCCUCUACUGGAGAUGGCGACAGAGAGAUAUGGUCAUCGGCUCAACAACAGGCAUUCUGCUCUAAUGGACACGUGACUAGCAUUGAGUGUGUAACUGACAGCGGCAUACCGUCCUACAGUACCGGAGAGAUUAUGCAGUGUUCUAUUGAAGGUGGCUCGGUUUGUUUGAACGACGAUAACUUCCCUGUACCAUGCAGCGAUUACAAGAUCAGAUACUUCUGUACAUGCGAUGCUUUACCGACACUUGGACCACAUGCAGUAUCUACAGAAACACCUACUGCGAGACCACCAUAUGGAGAUUCUGGCUCUACGUCAGUGAUACCACCACAAGUAUCUACACGUGCACCUGUUCUCUGUCAGAACCAAUGGUCAACCUGGAUUAACAAGGACGUUCCAACCACUGGUGAUGGUGACAGAGAGAUAUGGACAAAGGCUGAAAUAUCUGCAUUCUGCUCUAAUGGACACGUCACUAGCAUCGAGUGCGUCACCGAGAGUGGUAUACCAUCCUACAGUACCGGAGAGAUCAUGCAGUGUUCUAUUGAAGGCGGUUCUGUUUGCUUGAACGACGAUAAUUUCCCUAUACCAUGCAGCGAUUACAAGAUCAGAUACUUCUGUACAUGUGAUGAACAACCAACAAAUAAACCAGCAACGUUGGCAGGCCAGCACCCAUCUGCAGCGCCACCUGCUGUAACUACGACAAUGAAAGCACCACCCACGAUGUCUACAACAAAAUUACCACCGAAGGUUUGUGUCCAGUCGCAUUGGUCUAAAUGGAUCAAUCGUGAUAAACCGGAUGUCGGAACAGGUGAUAUCGAGGCUAUGACACCGCAGGAAAUGAGCGUGUUUUGUGCUUCCGGUCGUGUCUCACAGAUUGAAUGUAUCACUGACUCUGGAAUCCCAUCAUACAGCACUGGAGAAAUAAUCUCAUGCUCCAUCAAUAACGGACUUGAAUGUUUGAACGACAACAACUUCCCAGUUCCAUGCAGUGACUACAAAGUCAGAUAUUACUGUGAAUGCGGACCCCCACUACACGUCACCACACUAGGACCAGGUUUGGCAAACCAUAACACAGCAGUACCAGCAACUGAAGCUCCUUGCAUACCAGCUAACUGUCCAGUAGCAAGCAAACCGACAGUUAAACAGGGAGAAGUGUUACGCGUUGUGUACGAUGUCCAAGGAUGUUGUGCUAAUUACGAGGUAUUCUGUAAACCGGAAAUGUGCACACCGCCAACGCUCGUAUGUCCACCACCAAUGAUAAUACAAGCUGCUAAUCCCCAUGAUUGUUGUCCAACCUACAGAUGCAUGUGUCCAUCAUCGUGCCCACCGAUGAGGAAACCUCAAUGCCUACCUGGAAUGGAGAUGGUUGAAGUUAAGUCUGAUUGCAACUGUACACAGUAUGCCUGCUUGAACAAGCCAUUACCUACACCACCAAUGACCCCACGCACGUGCAAAUACACAGCAUCCAUGGUAACUGUGAACGGUACAAACCAACCGAUCAUUACACCAACGGAACAAAUUCACCAGAUCGGAGACACGUGGUCUGAUGGUUUAUGCAGACAGUGUCUGUGUGAAGAAAGGUCGGGUGCUGCGGAGAUUUCGUGCCAUGAGGAAACAUGCCCCGCCUGUCCUGCUGGAUACAAAAAGGUUGAGAAAACAGGUAAAUGUUGUGGAGAAUGUCACCAGAUUGGUUGCCUUGUCAACGGAACAGUAUACAGUGAUGGCGAGGUAAUACCGACCAAGAAGAAGUGUUACACAAAACGUUGUAACUACGACUUUGACCUGGAUCUAUAUAUAGCAACAGAAACCCAAAUACAGUGUACAGCAUACGAAAAACUACCAUCAUGUGCCCAGAACGAAUCCUCAUAUGACAGCACAGGUUGCUGCAUGAAAUGUCUACCUACCAUUCAAACAUUCAACUCGUCCAGCAGCACGUGCCAGACAUGCGCACCACGCCUUGUGUUCGGACAGCCCGAUAAUAGCGUCGGUUAUUUCCGUGUUAUGGACAAUAUGGAGCUGUGCAAGAAUCUCGCACCAAUCCCUGACCUCAAAGAAUGCUCCGGCUAUUGUGGCUCGAAAUCGUCAUAUAGUCACUUAAUGCGCGGAUAUACCAAUGACUGCAAUUGUUGCCAGGCAACGAAGAACGAAUCAAGAACGAUCACUCUUACAUGUUCAAGCGGAAGGACAAUUAAGAAAACAUAUUCCGCGCCCACGUCAUGUGGCUGUAACGUGUGUUCUGGCGGGAAAUGAAGUCACGUGGACUUCUUUAUAUAGACGGACAUUUAACAAAGUGCUUCCUUAACGGACAAUGUUAUUAUUGUUGUUAAUAUUUAAUGUUUAUUUAUUUUUGUGACUUCUCUUAUCAUUGUAAAAUAAAAACACAAAUGUACAAUGCAGAAUAGUUAAUAGUGAAAUAGGUUUUAAAGGAGUUGAACAUUUAAUUCGAUUGUGUCGUGAUUUAAAUUUGUUAAGUUAUCAAUUGUUAAGAUCUUUUAUUGUCAAACAUUUUACUUUGAUGAGGGAAUAAAGCAAUUUCAAAUGAA